AUGUCUUUGUUAACACUCAGAGAAGAACAUCGAGGCACACCGAACAACAUUAUUGCAUAUGAUAUAAACAAAUUUCGUCCUCGGUCACAUAAUUUUGUUGAAAUCGUCGAUAUGAUCCGCCCGUAUUUGCAACAAGCGGGAUUUGGCCAUGUCAUAAACAUUACCUCCUAUGGCGUAGAUAGAAAAUUCCUCCUCGCCUUAUGCGAAAGAUGGCGACCAGAAACACACACUUUCCAUCUACCAACCGGUGAAUGCACCAUUACGCUUAAAGAUGUUCAUAUGUUGAUGGGUUUACGUAUCAAUGGUUUCGCAGUAGCUGGAUCUAUAGUCGUGCCUUAUUCUAUCGCUGAAGAACUAUUGGGUGAACCAUUAACAAACACAAGUAGAAAGGGCCAAUUCAUUAAAAUGACUUGGCUCAAAGAAAAAUAUGAAAACCGAAUGACCUUAACCGAUGCUUCCACCGUCGAAGAAAUUGUACAAAAAUCUAGAGUUGAUAUUUUGUUGCUUUUUGGUGGUCUAUUAUUUCCUGAUACUAAUGGUAACACUAUACAUCUGCAGUUGUGGAGUCUUACUUCAAGCCUGGGGGUGGUCGAGAAUGCCGAGACUGGCCCCAGUGAAUCGUGGUCUGCACAUGGGAUGAAUUAUGAAAAAACACCCCAUCAUUGUGCUCCUGGAUAUCGAGCGUUCAUCGAUCAUUUCGAGCCGAUUGAUUUUAUAUGGAGGCCCUAUCUCAAACUCGAAGAUCUGGAACCAACUGAUAGUGACGUGUGGAGUUCAAAAACUUUUAUCAUAAGCUUCACUUAUGUUGAAAUGCAUCAUUCAGAUAGGGUUAAGCUCCAGUUUGGCAUUAAACAGGGCAUACCGGGUCCUCCAACUUGCAUGGAAGAGUAUCAUAAAAGUCAAUUAUCCGAUCAAUGGCCAUACGAUGAUUGGAAAGACCAUUACAAGAAUGAGCGUCGUCAAUGGCAUAAUCGCCAUAAAACUGUCUUACAGGGGGAAAUCAUGCCUCAAGAAUGUAAACCGAGCCCAAACUACAUGUCAUGGUAUAAAGUACUAAAUACUUGGAAUUAG